AUGUCAUCGUCGCCGUGGAACGCGGGGGACGCCGAUGCGGACCCUGCCAUCAACGCUUGGUCUACGUUCGACGACAUGGUGUGGCUCGAGUUCGGUGCCGACGAUCACAUCGUGCCCGCGGAUGCCGCCAACGCCCACGGGGACUGGUCGGCGGAGAUGGGGUGCGCGGAGGAAAGGGGCGCACGGCCGGAUGGGGAAGGACUGGGGGCAAGCGGAGACAGGCGGUCGGUUCGCGAGAUGGAAACCGACGGAGCGCUCGGGGAGUGGAUGGCGGAGGCGGGGGGCGCACCCGGGCGGGACGUGGCGCAGAGGGGAGAGGAUGGCGUGCGGAAGGCGGGUAAAGUAGAAGCGGCGGACGAUUUUGCGUUGCAGCAGUGCGCGGAAAGGGAGGGCGGAGCGGGGCGAAGCGGGACAGGCUACGGAUAUGGUUACGGGAUGGGUUACGGGCAUGGGGAGUUCGGCGGUGGCAUAGGGGGGGGGGGCGGGGACGAGGGCGCGGUGAUGCGCAUGAUGGACGCGCACAUGCGCGCCAACAUGGGCAUGGAUGCGCGCGGUGGCGCUAGGGGCAUGAGCAUGGGCAUGGGCAUGGCCAUGGGGAUGGGGAUGGGGAUGGGGAUGCAGCAGAGCGAGGUGCGCGACGGAGGGGGGGACGCGCGCGUUGCGGAAGACGCGGACAUGGGGGAAGGGGGAGAGGAGGGGGCGGGAGAGAGGGAGAGGGCGUGCGAUGGAGGCGAGAGAGGGGCGAGUGGCGGCGGACGGGGCGGCGAGGCGGAGGGGGCUGCGGCAGUGGAGGCGGGCGGCGCAGUGGGGUGGAGUGGCGGGGAGUCAGCGGCGGAACACAGCGGGCUCGCCGUCCGCCCACUCCCGUUAGUGCCCCGCCCCCCUCUUAUUCACUCCCCACCCUUCCUCCCAAACAACUCCCGUUGCUUCUUCUCCUGUUCCCCCCCUCCCCGGUUCACCCCCACGUCAUCUGCUCUUCGCUUCAACGUUUUGAUUCCUUCGUCUCCCUUUCUCCCUUCCCUUUCCGCCUCCCGCCGUUCCCGUCUCCCCCAUCUCAGGGCAUCGGCGCUCCCUUCCGCCUGUGGGGGGAGCAUGGAGGAGCGGGCGGAGGGGAAUGCGGAGGGGAUGGCGGAGAGGGGUGGGGAGGGCGCAGGAGGGGUGAUGGCGGAGGGAGAGGGUGGCUUCAGAAACAGCAGCACGGGGGAGAAGGGGGGCGGAGGGGGGGACAGCGGAGAUGCACACGUGGGGGCGAGCGAGGGAGUGAGGGGGGAGGAGCGAGGCGCGGAGCAGGGUGGGGCGGAUUGGGCGAGGGAGAGCGCAGGCGCACACGAGGGGCGCGCAAGCGACAGGCGCGAGGGGGACGAGGAUGAGGGGCAGGCAGAGGGGAAGGGGAAGGACGAACGAGCAGGAGGAGCAGCAGAGGCAGUGGCAGCGAUGGGUGGAGGCAUACGGAGUGGUGUGAGCGAUGCGUGCACUCACCGCACACCAUCAGUCCGCACACUCCAUGCUCGCCCAUGCAUUCCAACGCCCCACUCACUCGCAGCACUCCCUUCUCUGAACCACUCUCGUGCUGCCUUGACACACACUCAUACCACCCCCCACCCCCAUUGCCCCUCCCGCCUGCUGCCUGCUGUGCAGCACUUGGCGCGGCGGCGAGUGUUGGCGCGGCGGCGCAACGAGAGGGAGCAGCGCGCGCCCGCAGCAAGGAAGACCGCCCACUCCGCUGCUGCUGCUGCGCCCGCCGCCCGCCCCGCCACCACCCACCCGCACCUGCACACCCACUCCCACUCGCACUCGCACUGUGCCACCCUGGCGUCCUCCUCGCCCACCGUGGCCUCCGCGCCCCCCCCUCUGCUGCGCCACUCCCUCAUCGCCUCCCCCUCCGCGCACCCCCCUUCCCCCUCCGUCUCCUCACUCCACCCUGCCCCUCUCCCGCGCUCUGUCCCCACGCCCUCCUCACUCCCCGCGCUGCCCUUCUUCCCCGCGCCCACGCCCUCGCCCGCGCCCACCCUGCCUGCCGCGUGCAUGCGGCCCCCCCACGUGCCCGCUGCGUUCCUCUCACCGCCACUGCCCGCCUCGCCUGCCGCCUUCGCCCUGCUCCGCCCCCACGCGCCCCCUGCUGCCCUGCUGGCGCGCGGCCUGGGGGCGGGGCAGCACCCCCUCGCCAUGGGGCAGCAGCAGCAGCAGCAGCAGCAGCAAGAUCAGCGGGUGCUGGGGCGGCAGAUGCUGCUGUACCAUCAGCAGCAGGUGCAGCAGGGGGUGAGCGAGGAGCAGCAGGCGCGGCAGCAUGAGAGUGUGGUGCAGAAGCAGUGGGUGGAGCAGCACGAGCAAGCGAGGAUGCACGAGGUGGAGACAGCACUGCUCGGCAGUGCCGGCACGAGCAGCGGCAAUCGCAUGAGCGCCAUUGGCGGCAUCAUGGCGGGCAGCAUGGCAGGCAGCAUGAUGGGCGGUGCAACGCAUUUGCUUCCUGCCAGCCUUGCAGCCCGCCAGGCUGCAGUGUUGGUCCGCCCCCCUCCCCCGCCCCCACCCAAGUGGCCUGCUUCUGUGCCUGCCUCGCUCCUUCCACCGCCUUCCCACCUGCCUCGCGCCUCCUCCCUUCCUUCUAGCACCCAAGCUUCCACCUCCACUGCCCCUCUCUCCACCUGCCCCUCCCCCUCUGUUGCCUCCACCCGCCUCUCACCCCGCGCCCUGCAACCUCCGUCCCCUGCCGCACCGCCUGCUGCUGCAACGCCGGCUCUAGCAGCAUCGGCCCUCACUGCUGCCACCGCUGCUGCUGCCGCCAGUGCAGGCCCAGCAGCAGCAGCAGCAGCAGCAGCAGCAGCAGCAGGAGGGGCAGGUGGGGCGUGCGCAAUGACGCCAGCGGAGAAGAUAGAGAAGCUGCGGCGGCGGCAGCAGAUGAAGGCGGCUCAGAUGAAGGCAGCUCAGGUGCAGCUGGCGCUGGAGCAGAGGAAGCUGGCGCGCCUGCACCACCUGCAUGCCGCCCACCACGCCCACCACCUGCACGCCGCCCAGCAACUAACUCACCUGCAGCACCUGCAGCAGGUGCAGUUGCAGCAGCAGAUGGAGGCGCAGCAGCAAUUGCGCGCGCAGGCGGCAUGCAGUGCGGCAGCUCACGCUGCUGCCAUUGCACCCCCUGCCACGCACCACCACCCACCCACCACCUCGGUACCAUUGGCAGCAACAUCAGCAGCAGCAACAGCAACAGCAGCAGCGGGUUCAAAUGAAGCAGCGGCUGUAGCAGUGGCAGCAGCAGUGGGCGCUACAGAUGUGCGUGGUGGUGCUGGCAGUGCCACCACCGCAGGCAGGUGCCCCGCGGCGUGGGCCCCACCUGACCUGGCAGCUGCUCGCCCUCUGGCCGUGGUGCUCAGCUCCAGCAACCUUGAGAGAUUCGUCACGUCAGCCUCCACGUCAGCUGCUGUAGGGGCAGGGCGAGACAGCAGCGCCGUGGUGGCAUCGUGUGGGGCGGGCGGAGGGCAGGGCGGGCGUGCAGUGGGCAGGGGCGAGGGCGGAGGGGACGCGGAGAGGGGCAGUACGGGUGGAACGGAAAGAGGAGGGGGUGGGGAGGGCGGGGAGGCUUCAGGCAGAGUGGAGGGGGGCGGCAGCAAGAGAGAGGAGGGGGAAGGGGAGGAGGGGUCAGUGGAGUGUGUGGUGCUGGGGCAGCUGGGCGACACCAUGAGCAAGUUGGACGUGGCCACGAGGCUGCUCAUCCGCGAUGCCUUGCUGCGCCUCGCCCACAGCGCCUCCCACCGCACCGCCGCUCCCCCUUCCCCCCCCGCCCCCCCGCCGCCUCCCCACUCCCUCUCCCUCACAUCCCCCUCCCUCCGCCGCCACUUGUCCGAGCCUACACCUGUUGCCAACCGCCGAGCCUCGUGCACAGCUUCGGAAGCAUCAGUGGCACGGAACAGCAGUGGUGGGCAGCACUCCGCGGUGGACGCCCAUGCCGCUCCGCGAGUUGCCCAUGCCGCUCCGGAGAGCGCAGGAGAGGCGGGCACGAACGCGGUGGAUAGGGCCAUCGCCAAUCUGCUCUUCCACCGCCCCUCGCCCCCCGCCCCUGCCCCACCUGCCGCCACCCCUGCUGCCACUGGGGUGCCCGCCAUGCCCCGCGCUGCUACUGCUCCAGGGGGCGUGCAGGGAGGUGCACGAGAGGCGGUGCUGGGAGGGCGGGGGGAUGGGGAAGGGCUGUGUGCAGCUCCUGCUGCCACUGCCGCCCCGCCCUGUGCUGCCAUGUCCACCCCACACUCUCACAGCACCUUCUCACCCCGCCCCUCCCCCAUGCACAUCUCGUCGCCUCCCUCCCCCCCAGCCCCCUCGCCUGCCCCUCAACGACACUCUCUUCUAGCCAGGGCUGCUCCGGACGUUCUUAUGGCAGGCUCGGAGGCAGGUUUGGCCGAGGCUGGGGGCAAGCUGGGCACGGGUGAGGGUGGUGGGAUGGAGGGUGGAGGAGCAGGGCGGCAGGUUGCAGGUGGGGAGAUGGGGGUGGCAGGAGAUAUUCCAGGUGGCGCCUGGCGGUGUCUCUCAGGUGCUGCUUCAGGUGUGUCUGAGGCAUCGCUGCCAUCCAGGCUUCCGGCGCUGCCUCCCACUCUCUCAGCGUCAUCAGGGCGGCCAGGUGGCGUGCUGCCAUUGGUGCGUGGCACGGGGGACGGCAGCAGUGGUGGCAGCAGCAGGGAUGCGCAGCAGGCAUUCAGUGAGAUGCUGUGCCGGCAGCAGCAGCAGCAGCAGCAGCAGCAGCAGCAGCAGCAGCAGCCGCCCUUCCAGGGCGCACACACAGGGGCAGGCCAGAACUCUGCCAUGCACGCGGUGCUGGGAGGAGGUGCCGCCAUGGGCGUGGGCAUUGUGUGGGCCUGA